UCCUGACGUAACAACAUGGCCACUCACACGUCCCUUGUUGACUGGGAGUUAGCUUGCUAAAUGAUGUUAAAUAAGACAGAUGGCAUAAAAUGAUUCGAUCGGGUUUUUAUCAAUCCCAGAUCACAAAUAUGUAUUGUACACACAAAGCGUUUGAAAAACUAGUUCAGUAGCUAACGAUAUUUAACGUGUAACGUUAGAUGGGUAACCAACCCUCGAGCUAGCUAUGCUAGCUUGAGAACAAACAUAAACAUUCCUGUAAGGCUAGCUAGCUACGAAAUUUAAAGAUUAAUUUAUUUUGGGAAGAUGUUGGGUUUUCUAACAGCAAGACAGGCUGGACUUGACGACCCACUUCGUCUGAGACGGGCAGAGUCAACACGGAGGGUCCUCAAUUUAGAGCUGAAUCAUGACAGAGAUGUGGAUCGAAUCCAUAGCAACGGCAUAAACACCAUAGACAUUGAAGUCAUUGAGGGCAGAUACAUGCUAUCUGGAGGGGCAGAUGGGGUGAUUGUUGUGUAUGACCUGGAGAACAACAGCAGGAAACCCCAAUACACCUGUAAAGCAGUCUGCACUGUAGGCAGGUCCAGUCAGUAUGUCCACAGGUUCAGUGUAGAGACAGUGCAGUGGUACCCACAUGACACAGGCAUGUUUGUCUCCAGCUCCUUUGACAAAACCAUGAAGGUCUGGGACACUGAGACACUAAAGCCCGCUGAAGUGUUCCAGUUUGAAGGAAACGUCUACUGUCACCACAUGUCCCCCAUUGCCAGGAAACACAGCCUCAUCGCAGGUGUGUUUGGUACCAAAGACCAGAAAGUACAGCUCUGUGACCUGAAGUCUGGCUCACGCAUCCAGGUUUUGCAGGGUCACAGAGGUGAGGUCCUAUCUGUUCGGUGGUCGCCAAGAUAUGAGCACAUUUUAGCUACAGCCAGUACUGACAGCAGGGUGUUGGUGUGGGAUGUGCGUCGGGCCUCAGGGAGCCUGUUCUCUCUGGACCAACACAACGGGGACAAGUCCAAGGCCUCAUCAGAGGCAGUGAACACAGCCCAUAAUGGAAGGGUAAAUGGCCUCUGCUUCACGGUCGACGGCCUCUACCUUCUCACCACGGGAACAGACGACCGCAUGAGGCUGUGGAACAGUGCCAAUGGAAAAAACACACUGGUGAAUUAUGGGAAGGUGAGUAACGAAAGCCGUAAGGGGUUAAAGAUCACGGUGUCUCGUAGCUGCAGCCCGGAGUUUGUGUUUGUACCUUGUGGCAGCUCGGUGGCGGUGUACACUCUACACACCGGGGAACUUGUAACCAUGCUGAGGGGACACUACAACAACGUGGACUGCUGCCAGUUCCACCCCGACUACCAGGAGCUGUACAGCGGGGGUAAAGACUGUAACAUCCUAGCCUGGGUUCCUGUUGUACGACCACCAGACGUGGAAGAAGAAGGGACAGCCGCCAAGGGUGGGAGCCAGGCUACGGUGAAUCCUGCUUUUGAAGACGCAUGGAGCAGUGAUGAGGACUGAUGCAUAAACACAACUGUACAGCCCUACUCCAUCGGACAUAGCUUUAGGAAUCUCAUCAUGGUGCUAGCUUCAGGAAUCUCAACAUUUAAAAAAAAAACUACAAAUGCAGUUUAACAACUACUAUGGAGUUGGAGAAUGAACCUUAACAGACUUUGAAUCUCUGUUGUGAUAUCUGAUUUAUCUUUUAUUUUAUAUACAAAAUGGAAAUCUACACUGAGUGUACGAAACAUUAGGAACACCUUCCUAAUAUUCAGUUGCAUCCCCUUUUGCCCUCAGAUCAGCCUCAAUUUGUCGGGGCACCUCUACAGGUGUCGAAAGCGUUUCACCGGGAUGCUGGCUCAUGUUGACUCCAACCCACAGUUGUGUCAAGUUGGCUGGAUGUCCUUUGGGUGGUGGACCAUUCUUGAUACACAUGGGAAACUGUUAAGUGUGAAAACCCAUCUGCGUUGCAGUUAUUGACACACUCAAACCGGUGUGCCUGGCAGCUACUACCAGCAGCAUACCACCCUGCAUCCCACUGCUGCCUUGCCUCUGAAGAUAAGCAGGGUCGGUCCUGGUCUGUCCCUGGAUGGGAGAUCAGAUGCUGCUGGAAGUGGUGUUGGAGGGCCAGUAGGGGGCACUCUUCCCUCUGGUCUAUCUAUCCCAAUGCCACGGGGCAGUGAUUGGGGACAUUGCCCUGUGUAGGGUGCCGUCUUUCGGAUGGGACUUUAAAUGGGUGUCUUGACUCUUUGUGGUCAUUAAAAAUCCCAUGCACUUCUUAUAAGAGUAGGGGUGUUAACCCUGGUGUCAUGACUAAAUUCCCAACCUGGCCCCACCUAAUCAUCCCCCUCAUUCCUAAUUGGCAGAUAUCACUCCUCACCUCUCCAGCUGAUGUGUGGUGAGCGUUCUGGCACAAAAAUGGCCGCCGUGCAUCACCCAGGUGGGUUCUACACAUUGGUGGUAGAUGAGGUGAGUUUCCCCGUACUGUGUGAAGAGCUUUUAGUAACUCCGUUUGUAGAAAAGCGCUAUAUAAUUCCAAUCAAUUAUUAAUUACCACACCCCGUUCAAAGGCACUUAAAUCUUUUGUCUUGCCCAUUCAACCUCUGAAUGGCAAACAUACACAAUACAUGUCUCGAUUGUCUCAAGGCUUAAAAAUCCUUCUUUAACCUGUCUCUUUCCCUUCAUCUACACUGAUUGAAGUGGAUUUAACAGGUGACAUCCAUAAGGGCUCUUAGCUUUCAGCUGAAUUUACCUGGUCAGUCUAUGACAUGGAAAGAGCAGGUGUUCCUAAUGUUUUGUAUACUCAGUGUAUGGUGUUGAGGAUUCGUGCAUUAAAACCUAUGGAUGGGUAUCUGCACUGUACAUUGAGCUGUAUUAUCUGUUCCUAUUGUCUGCCUUUGACGCAACAUGUACAUUGUACUUUACAUGGUGUUAAAAUCAGCUUUCCAUUAUUCCAAGAUGACCAGAGUAAAACCAGCCGAACUGGAGCCAAACCUUUCCUCAUAGCGUCUUUGAACAUGACGUUCAAGAGGCCCACCUUUCCGUCAUCAAUUCAUCAUUCAUGUCUCUCUGUGUCCCCUACAUUUGCAUUAUUUAUUCAGUUGUCGUUGCUAAAACCAGCUCUGUAUUGUUGUUGUUAGACAUGAUACUGAAAUCAGACUCACUUUCUCUCCUACUGGCAGCCUCAUGUUUACAUAUGAUUGACUUGAAGGGCAUUAUUUCCCUAUAACUCACGGCAUAUUUGCAUGGUAGAAUUCAAUGGCCAUAGUUCAUUCUAUGGCGAAAGUCGAAUUGAAAACAUUGAUUUUGUUGUAUUCAUAAUGGCAAGCUAGGACUGAUGAUUUGGUUAGCUAUAGUAAACUUGCUAGCUACUUCAGUGGAUGUUGAACACAUUUCUAGCGACAAAUAUGUUGAAUUAUAGCCAUGGUAUAAUGGGGAUAUUCAACUCGGGGCUCUAUGCGUUCUCUAGAAAAUAACACAACUCUGUGGAAGGUCAGUUCCGCUCUGCAUGGAAAACACCUUCCACCUCAUUCAUUAUUUUCCAUAGAACGCAUAGCCUCUCUUUGAUUAAACCCUUACAUACUUAUAACCUCUAGGGUUAAUUGUAGGUAGGGUUUCCUAUCAGUCCUGAGAUUCCAGCAAAAAUUUACUUUUCAUUUAUCUGACGUUAAUUUAUCUGUAUGUCUAGCCCUUAUAGCCUCACAAUUAAGUGUUUUACAGUUUUCUUUUCAGGAUAACCAGAGCUCCAAGUAGAACACAAAACAAUUUCACAUAAACGGUUGCGUUCAUGGGUUUUAUUGACAUGUCAAUAAAAAAAUGUCCGCCAAAAACA